AUGAGCAAAGCUCUACUUGCUUUCGUUUGGAUCGCCGGUCCUUUGACAGGAACCCUCGUUCAACCCUACAUCGGCAUCUGCAGUGACAACUGUCGCAUAUCAUGGGGGAAGCGAAAGCCGUUCAUGGUGGUUGGCGGUGCUGCGAGCGUUGUCUCCCUCCUUGCCUUAGCUUGGGUCCGAGAGCUCACGGAAGGCCUUCUUGGAGUAUUCGAUGUUGCGCCGGGCUCCGAUGCGUCUCAAACUGUGGUUAUUGUGCUAGCCACUAUCUUGAUGUAUUGCUUGGACUUUUCUGUAAAUACUGUCCAAGCAGGUAUCCGGUGCUUCAUUGUUGACAAUGCGCCCUCGCACCAGCAGGAAUCAGCGAAUGCGUGGGCCAGUCGCAUGACUGGUCUAGGCAACAUCCUUGGUUAUAUUUUUGGAUACGUGGACUUGCCCAAGUACUUCCCAUUAUUGGGCAACACGCAAUUUCAAGUGCUGUGCGCUUUAGCAUCACUAUCACUUAUCUGUACAUUGUUGGUCAGUUGUUCAUACAUCAGAGAACGAGAUCCACGACUGGAAGGACCUCCAUCCGGGGGGAACCCUGGCUUGAUCGCCUUCUUCAAGCAGGUCUUCAAGUCGAUCCGAUUUCUACCGCCCGAGAUAGCAAAGGUCUGCGAGGUCCAGCUAGCCGCCUGGGUCGGCUGGUUUCCUUUCCUGUUUUACUCGACCACAUACAUUGGACAGCUUUUUGUCAAUCCGAUUUUCGAAGCACACCCAGGUUUGUCAGAGCAUGACAUCAACAAGGCAUGGGAAGAAGCCACCCGCAUUGGAACAUUUGCACUUCUUGUUUACGCCAUCAUCUCCUUUGUGGCUAAUCUGACCCUGCCGAUGCUUGUUGUGCCCACAUACAAGCCGAUCAUUGCCACCGAGUCUGAAGUUUCGGAUGAUCAAUUGGAGGAGGAGCCUUUCCUCGGCGGUCGGAGGCGAUCAUCCUCAAUAGGGACUGCGAUGGAAGCACCUACCGGUAUCUCUCCUGAACCUAAAAAUGGGUAUGCCGAAGGGGCCGGGUGGCUCUCCAAAUUACAGAUUCCAGGCCUCACCCUCCGCCGCGCUUGGUUAAUGUCGCAUGUCAACUUCGCCAUCUGUAUGUUCAGUACGUUUUUCAUAUCGUCAUACCAAGCCGCGACCGUGGUUGUCGGGCUUGUUGGAGUCUCAUGGGCGUUGACGCUUUGGGCGCCCUUUGCCCUAAUCUCGGCGGAGGUAUCGCGCAUUGACACGGAGCGCCGGCUUCGACGCCAGCGGGCUGACCGUACGGAACCGGACACAAGCGUCUCCGCCAAUCCGGCUACAGUUGGGGAAGACCUAGAACACGGACACGAUGUGACAACUGAUAAAGGAGAAGAGGAGGAGAAUCUGGCGCAGGCGGGCAUUAUCCUGGGACUUCAUAACGUUGCCGUGUCGGCGCCUCAGAUCCUCUCAAGUCUGAUCUCCAGUGCCAUCUUCAAGGCCUUCCAGAAACCUCGCGGGGAGCCGUGGGAUGAUAGUGUUGGAUGGGUGCUGAGAUUUGGAGGCUGCGCGACGCUAGUUGCGGCAUGGUUGGCUCACAGGCUCGCUGAGGAAACUCGAGCGGUGGACUCUGACACAGAUCCCGACGAUGCUGAUGCUCCCGAGGCCGGCACCAAGGAGUUCUUCAGCUCCUGGGCACUCUUCAUCUUGAUUAUGCUCUUGAUGUUCGCGCUCUUCACCAGUUACAUACUACAGCAGAAAAAGAUCCAGGCGGUCCAUGAAACAGUCCUGUCCAUCUUCGCGGGCAUGUUUGUCGGGCUGAUCAUACGCUUAAGUCCUGAAUCACCGAUUCAAGACAGUGUCGCGUUUGACUAUCAAUUCUUCUUCAACCUCCUCCUACCUCCGAUCAUUCUGGCCUCAGGCUACGAGUUACACCAAGCGAACUUCUUCCGAAACAUCGGCACUAUAUUGACCUUUGCGUUCGCGGGGACCUUCAUUUCCGCCAUCGUGCUGGGUUUGAUCCUGUUCGUCUGGACGAGAAUUCCGUUGGAUGGGCUAGAUAUGACUUUCGUCGAGGCAAUCUCGGUGGGCGCUACCUUAUCGGCGACGGAUCCCGUCACCAUCUUGGCUAUCUUCAACCUAUACAAGGUCGAGCCCAAGCUCUACACGGUCAUCUUUGGUGAAUCGAUCCUGAACGACGCCAUCGCGAUCGUCCUGUUCGAGACCGCGCAAAAGUAUGCCGAUAGUGAGGCAGGCUCCCUGACUUUCUUGAACCUAUUCGAAGCUAUUGGACUGUUCCUGCUCGUCUUCUUCGGAAGUAUGAUUGUUGGCGUUAUCGUUGGCAUCAUGACCGCCCUUGGUCUGAAAUAUACUCACGUCAGACGUCAGCCGAAGAUUGAAAGUUGUCUGAUCGUGCUUAUUGCCUACGCUAGCUACUUCUUCUCUAACGGUGUCUACCUCUCCGGUAUCGUGUCGCUCCUUUUCUGCGGCAUUACCAUGAAACAUUAUGCGUACUACAACAUGUCCCGCCGGACACAAUUGACGACGAAAUACCUCUUCCAGGUGAUGGCACAAUUGUCCGAGAACUUCAUCUUCAUUUACCUCGGUUUGGACCUUCUUGUCCAGAGGAACUUGCAGUUCAAGCCCUUAUUCAUUCUUGUGGCCGUUUUCGGUAUCUGCAUUGCCCGCUACCUGGCGGUGUUCCCAUUGUCUCGAGCGAUCAAUUGGUUCAUUCGGUACAGAGCUCGUCGCCGUGGCAUGGACGUUGCAGAUGAGCUACCAUUUGCUUAUCAAGCCAUGCUCUUCUGGGCGGGGUUGCGUGGAGCUGUUGGCGUGGCCCUCGCCGCCGGCCUAAAAGGCGUCAAUGCUCCAGCACUCCGUGCUACGGUACUUGUGGUCGUCGUGUUGACCGUGAUUAUCUUUGGUGGCACCACCGCUCGAAUGCUAGAGAUUCUCGGAAUCCGGACCGGUGUCGUGGAGGAAAUCGAGUCCGAUGAUGAGUUUGAUAUCGAGGUAACCAACGGCGGCACAUAUUACAAACGCUCCGACACAGGCUUGGGAUACACACCUCGCCGCAUCGAUUCGACCAUUCCUUUGGAUGGCAUUCCGCGGGGCGAGCUCGACCGCCACGAUAGCUACUCCAGUGGCAACAACCGUCGUCCCAGUCCUCCGCCGUCUGGCUCUCGAGGACAUUCCCGAAUGUACUCGAAUGCCUACAGUCAGCGAGACACUGCUCGUGACCGUUCCUCGACGGCCACUUUGUUGGGUGGCCGGCCUCGGAGCCACAGCGAGAGCAGCGCGGCAAGUGAGGAUGAAUUUGGAUUGAAGAAUAAUGGCAAGGGUCGUGCGACAGACGCCGAUCAGCUCGAUGCCUUCGAUCUCGAUGUGGGUGAUGAGCCUUCGGAUGACGACCUCCCCCCUUCGGCUCCUACGUCUCGACUGCGGCGGUCUCCCUCGCAACCCCAACAGUAUGUGGGAGGAUCCCAGGAUCAAACUCCGACAACUACCUCUCCUAUGCGACGCGAAACAACGCUGAGCGCAAGGGCGGCCAUCCGGGACCUCUUCUCGGGUGCAUCGGGAGACCACGCGGCGUGGUUCCGACAGCUGGAUGAGGAUUACAUCAAACCCCGACUCCUACUAGAUCAGUCCAAUCACAAGGGGCCCGGUGCAGUUUGA